AAUAUAUAUAUAUAUGUGGCAAAAAAUUAGUUAGAUCUUGGUAGAACUUUCAGCACCUUUUUAUCCACAGGCAUAUCACAGUAACUGGAGACCUUUGGAGUUUGAGUAUGGUAAAGAAACACGAACCUGUGAUUCUGCAUUCCAAUUUGUCUGCCAGUAUGUUGGAUUAAGUAUAAAUGUACCCACAAAGUGCAUAUCUAAAUGACUGUUUAAAACAUAAAGCCAGUGAUUUUAAAUACUUGCUUCCACUGCACAUGUGUUCCUGCAGCUGCUGCUGUUGCUCCAGCUGAUAUACACUGAACAAGCAAUUUUUGGACUACCCAUCAUCUUCUGUGUUCAUGAUCAGCCCUUGGCAGACCUCCCAGAGCCAUGUAAAAUUUCAGCAUGUAUCUGUGGGUUUGCUCACUUGCAAGAGAAACGCAGAUGCUAUGAAGGAAUUGUUAGAAAAUGCAACAGAAAAAAACCAACAACGUGACUUAGAAACUUUAUCAAUCUCCAGAACACUGCAGGUGUAUGCAGAUGCUGCAAGAUCUGGAUUAAGGCUCCGUGCUCCUUUCUGCAACUAUCCCAUGCUGAAGGGCAUCCACCACGCCCUCUGAGCUAGGCAGGGCUGUCAUGUUAUGCACAGACUGAUGCAGGUUGAAUUCUUCCAGAAUAUGUCCUUCUGUGUAGGUAUGUAUGGCAGACCUGAAUGGGAUUUCUGAGGGUCAUUUCAAACAUCAUGUCUGAUGCCUAACUUCCCAACAGAAAGCUUAAAAUUGACCUUGUGCUGGAUCAGCAGAACCCUCAACACCCUGCAGGACACUGAUCAGCAAGAAGCUUUUCCUGUAUUACUGCCUCAUUUCUGGGUGACUCCAGGAUUUCAGUCACUGACGGCUUUGGUUGCUGUCACAAGGCAUGUAGCAAUAGAAGGGGUGAAGCACACAAAGUUGCCUGCGUGGAGUGCUGUGUCAGACAGGCCUUCUGCCUGCAGCUGAAAAACUCCGUGCUGUUCUUCCCGUCACAGUGAACUCAUGUGCUUAAAAUUUUAGACAGAGUGGAAAGCAAAACCCAUACUUGCUAUUGAAUCACUUCAAAGGCCACUGAUGAGUGCAUGGAGUGCAGGAAGAGCAGGCAAUGCCUCAGGCAGGGGAUGUGCCCUACCCACGCUGCUUCUCACCUGGAGGCUGAAGCCAUGCCGAGGCCUCGCAUGCGCCCGCCCAUCCAACAGAACUGACUGGGGCUGCUUCCCAGCGGCCGGCUUUGAUCUGUGUCUGGGACGGACUUUUGUCCUCACGCUUCAGGGAGUGUGGCUGGUAAGGGAGAGAGCACUCCCUGAAAACUUCUUGUUCCUCCUGUUGGUGUUUGUGACCUCAGCACACACAUACGUGUCCAGAAACCACUGCUGCUCUUAUUACCCUUAUUAUAGAGAAUAACUAUUUUGAUCAGUUACUCAGUCAUGAUUCAACUUCCAACAGCUUUGUGUGACCGCGACAACCUCUGCCGUAUUUUGGAACAGCUGUCAGUACUGUUGUCAGUCAGGAGCUCAGUUCUGUGAGGACUCUGAGGGCUGGGGUACUGGGAAAGCUUUCUGACCAAGUACGCAGUGAGCGCCACUGACGGAGCCUCAGUGCUGCGGGACACGUCUCAGUCCCAGGCUGAGGCCACGGGACGAGCAGCCUUACGCUCAGGACUGUCGGAAUCCACAAGCCUUGCCAAGAGAAUGCGAGAAAAGGCCUUUCACGGGGGGAGAAAGCAGUAAAACUGUCAGUAACUCCACUUGAAAGUUGGAAAGUGUCGACACUUCCCCCUCCCGCCCCCAAGCCUUAACAACAACCACACAACGCAAGCCGCUCCCGCGUUGGAGGAGCGAGCUGGGACGCCCUGCCCUGGCCCCCCCGGCCCCCCCGGCAGGAAGAGGAGGGACUGGGCGCGCGGCUCGGCAGCGCUCUCUGCUCCGCGCCGCAACCGGUCGCCCCCCGCCCGCAGCGGCACCGUGCGCCAUGUCCCAGCCGGGCUCGGGGCCCCCCGGCCCCGCCGCGCAGGGCGACAAGAAGGCAAGUGGAACUUCUUCCAAAUCAGGAGAGAAAAAAGAAGCAACAGAGAAGUCAGCAAGUGCUAAUGUCAGUCAGCCUUCCGAAACGCAGACAAGUGGAGCACCGUCUGCUGCUAAGAAGCAGUCUCCCUCUGCGGAUGCAUCAAAACCACCCAUUAUGAAGCCAUCAGAAGCAAAGCCCACACCAACGAGCCAAACAGAACCUGAAAAAACUGCACAGUCAGUGAAGCCAUCAAGCUCUCAAAAUAAUCAACCAGUUGAAGAGAAGCAAAAGGAAUCCAGUGGUGCAAAAAGCCCAAUUGCACCUUCUGUGGUAACAGCUUUUAAGCCAAAUAAUACCGGGAAGGAAACUACAAGUCAAGCUGAGUGGCCUUCAAAAGCAACCUCUUCAGACACAGCACAGGCUGAAAAGACAUCCACAGCAGAUGGUGCAGUUGCAGUGGGUGCAGGUGCUGUUGCUAGUAUGGUUGCUGCAGCUGAUAAACCAAAUACUGAGCCUGCCAUGGAUGAAUCAGCACUGGACAGCUUAAUAGAUACACUGGGUGGAUCUGAAGAAGAUGUGGCUACUAGACCAGUUUACACUGGUCCGGAAAUUACGGAAAAUAUUUCUUCGGAAUACUUGGAAGAACUGGGUAAACGAGAAGGUAGCCUCCCUCCAGAUUACCUUGCAUUAUUGAAGAGCAAAGUGGAUGGCAAAGAUGGAGGCCUACCAAAAGUGGAUGAACUUUCUGAAAAACCAAUGACAGAUGAUGAGCUUGCAGAUGCCCUGUCAUCUGACUUUACCUGUAGUAUUGCUGCUGCUGAAGAAAAGAAGACAACAGAGAAACAAACUAAGGAAGGAGAAAUCAUACAAGCACAAGCAGCAAGUUCAGUGAAGACUUCAGUUCCUCCUAAAGAGAAGAAAACAAAAUCAAAAGAGGAAAUCAGAGAGGAUGCAAUGGAAGCUCUAAUGGCUACUAUUGGUGGACCUGAACCUGAACCCGAACCAGAAGAUGUUAGCACUGUUGUAGAGGUGUCAGAGGCAAAAGCUAAAGAGAAAAAAGAAAAAAAGGCUGGAGAACGUGAUGAUACAAUACCUCCAGACUACAGGCUGACUCCAGAGCUGGAUAAAGAUGGAAAACCAGUACUCCCAAAGCCUGAAGAAAAACCUAAGCCUUUGAGUGAAUCUGACCUUGUUGAUGAAUUUUCAAAAGACUUCGCCAGCCCUGCACAGCCUGCAGUACAAUCCAAGCCAUCAAAGUCCAGCAGCACAUCCAAAAAGCCAUCGGCUCCUGCAUCUGCAAAAACUGCGAAGGAUGAAGUAGUCCCUCGUGCCACAGCUUGCUCUGUGCAGUCUUCAGCUCCAACAUCUGUGUCUUCUGUUGGUCAUGUAGCCGAUGAAGCACUAGAAGCCUUGUCCAGUGGUCUAGGAAAGAGGGAGCCUGAUCCAGAAGAAAAGAAACCUGCUGUGGUCAAAGUUAAGGAGAAAACCAAGCAGAAAGAACACAAAAAACUGGGUGAAGAUGAAGAAUUAAUUCCUCCAGAGUACAGAUCAACAGAUGCAAAAGGUAAAGAUGGAAGACCACUGUUAAUAAAACCUGAAGAAAAGUCCCAGCCUAUGAGUGAAAACGAUCUGUUAGAAGGUUUGACAAAAGGAUUUUCUCCAGCCCAACCUGCACCAUUACCUACACAAACUGUAAAAAAGAAAACCAAAGCGGGUAAAAAAACUGCAGAUUCUUCAGAUGUUAUCUCUGCUUCUACAGUUUCCUCAGUGCACUCAGCAGCUCCCCUAGCUUCUACAUCGGGAGGGAAAGAGAUGGAUGAUGCCUUGGAUCUCUUGUCUGAUUCCCUGGGACAGAGAGAACCUGAUCCUGAUGAGAACAAACCAGUUGUGGAUAAAGUAAAGGAAAAAACUAAAUCUGAACACAGAGACAAACUUGGAGAAAGAGAUGAUACUAUUCCACCUGACUUUCAAAAACUUCUGGGGUCAUCUGAUGAGGGUAAACCUGCCAAGCCAAUACCAAAGGAUGCUCUGAAAAACAAGGAACAGAAGAAGCCUACAGAUGAGUCUGCUGCUAUCGAUGCCCUGUCAGGUGACUUUGAUACUAGUCCGAAGACUUCUGCCACACCACAGCACUCAAAGUGUAGGAGAAAAGUGGAAAGGAAACCAUCACCACUAAAGCAACCUCAAAGGAUGAAAGAAAACCCAAGGAUCAUAAAAAGGCAAGGGGACAGUCCUCCAGCAGCAAAUCUGAGAAGCAGAAAACAAGCUAAACGUUAACCUUUCUAGGAUGUUGGCACGUGAUGUGAAGAGUCUUCUUUUUACUGGGGAUAAUUAUUGCUGCAAAAGCUGGUGCAAAAAGCAUGUAGCUAUUCUAGGUGUUUUUUGUACUGUGGUAUUUCCUGGACUUUUUUCAUUUUUUCCUUUUUUCCAGUAGUAGAUUAGUUGUUUUUUUUUUCUAGCCUUUCAUUUUAUUGUACUGAUAUGCUUUAAUUUUUUUGUAAUUUUCUUGAGUUCUCAGAGGGAAAGGAUGCUUUAUAUUUGUAAGAAGUAUAUUUCAGAAAUUAAUAGCAAUGCCAAAAAAGAAAAAGCAAACUUUUGCACAUAAUCUCCACAUAGUGCCUGUAAAUCUCAGAAGAAUUUGCAUGUGCUAGCAGUUUUAACAUUGCAGUGAGUGUAAUAAGUAUUCUGGAAUAUAAUGAGCUUUAGUUAUCACCAGCGCAUCUCAGCCUGGCUGUACACAGUCUUUCCUGACUUUUUCUUGGUAAGAAAACACAGAUAAGCUGUGGAGGCAUAAGGAAUGAGGAACUGGUGAUCAGCUGCUUCAUCAGGAAUAAUAAAACAGGUAGUUUUUGAUGAUGCCUUUGCUGUAGCUAAAACCAUAGCAAAACCACUCCAGAUCAUAUGGACUUUUUUUUUUAAUUGCAAUUGCAUCUGUGCUCUUUCAUGAUUUCAGGAGUCUCCUGCACUGAAAAAAUAAAAAUCACUGUGUACCACCAACACCAUUAUAAUCACACAAGAGGAAAAAAAGAUCUUUGCAUAAACCUUAGCAAAGAUCAAAGAGAAAUUAAUGUUGACAGCUGGGCCAUUUUGUUUGUUUGUUUGUUUUUCCUUUUUUGCUGUUUCUGUUCCUCACACUCCAAGAGGGAAUACAGUAGAACAGAAUUUAAUGCAGCAAGGAACAAUGUCAUUUUCACCAAGUCUUCAAGAUAACAGGCAAGAGCAGGCACCCUCUAGUACGUCUGUUGCAGGUAGAGCUUUUGAGACUUAGGCAUACCAAGUUAUUCCAUUUGUUUACCUCUGUCUUCAUUACUUGCAAAACAUCUUUUUGCACAUCCUUACACAUAUACUGCUUUGCUGUUAGCUUACAGAAGAAGGUCAUACUAGGGGUCAGUAUUUGCAAUGAUUCCAUUACCUGAUUCUAGUAUGAUGUGUGGCAGACAGAGGUGGCCUUGAGGUGAAAGUUGGAGGAUAAUCAAUCAGAAUUUUGACUGUACUCUGCAGUCUGUACUGAGAACCUGUGUCACACUAAUAAAGUUUUAAAGAAUGCAC